AUGCCUCCCAUCAUUCUGAAGAUUUUGGUGAAAAACAUUGGAAAAAGUCCCCGUCGAAACGGAGAAAUUCCCACCCACUUAAAUGAACACAAACCUAUUCAUACAGGAAAAAAGUUAUAUCAGUGUGACAUCUGUGAUAAAUCAUUCGUUGAAUGUCAAAAAUUAACUUUGCAUAAGCGUAUUCACUCAGAAGAGAAGCCAUAUUAUUGUGAUGUCUGUGUACGUAUUCAUACAGGAGAGAAGCCAUAUCAUUGUGAUAUUUGUGGUAAACUAUUCACUAACAGUAGUGAGAUAACUGCCCACAAACGUAUUCAUACAGGAGAGAGACCAUAUCAUUGUGAUAUCUGUGGUAAAUCAUUUACUGUUGGUAGUGCUUUGACUUAUCACAAACGUCUUCAUUCUGGAGAAAGCCCAUAUCAUUGUGAUAUAUGUGGCAAAUCAUUCUCUUACAAUAGUAACUUAACUGCACACAAACAUAGUCAUACAGGAGAGAAACCAUAUGAUUGUGAGGUCUGUGGUAAAUCAUUCUCUGAAAAUAGUGCUUUAACCAAACACAAACGUAUUCAUACAGGUGAGAAACCAUAUCAUUGUGAUAUCUGUGGUAAAUCAUUCUCUCAAAAUAGUGCUUUGACUUAUCACAAACGUGUUCAUUCAGGAGAGAGACCAUAUCAUUGUGAUAUCUGUGGUAAAUCAUUCUCUUACAACAGUACCUUAACUGCACACAAACAUAUUCAUACAGGAGAGAAGCGAUAUCAUUGUGAUAUCUGUGGUAAAUCAUUCUUUGAAAAUAGUGCUUUAAUGAAACACAGACGUAUUCAUACAGGAGAGAAACCAUAUCACUGUGAUAUUUGUGACAAAUCAUUCACUGUCAAAAGUGCUUUAACUUCACACAAGCGUCUUCAUUCAGGAGAGAGGCCAUAUCAGUGUGACGUCUGUGACAAAUCAUUCACUAUCAGCAGUUCUUUAACUGUACACAGACGUAUUCAUACAGGAGAGAGACCAUAUCAUUGUGAUGUCUGUGGUAAAUCCUUCAAUAAGAGUAAUACUUUAACUAAACAUAAACGUAUUCACACAGGCGAAAAACCAUUUCACUGUGAAAUCUGUGGCAAAUCAUUCACUGAAAAUGGCAGCUUAACUACACACAAACGUAUUCAUACAGGAGAGCGACCAUAUCAUUGUGAUAUCUGUGGUAAAUCAUUCUCUAACAGUAGUCACUUAAUUGUACAUAAACGUAUUCAUACAGGAGAGAAACCAUAUCACUGUGAUAUCUGUGGUAGAUCAUUCAAUGAAAGUGGUAAACUAAUUAUACACAAACGUAUUCAUACAGGGGAGAGAGCAUAGCAUUAUGAUAUCUGUGGUAAAUCAUUUAUAUCAUUCUCUAUAAAUAAGAUCUUAACUAGACACAAGCAUAUUCAUAUCAGAGAAACCAUAUCUAAGUGAUGUCAGCUAAAUCAUUGUCUGACCAUCGUGCCUUGACUUCACGCAAACGUAUUCAUUUCACUGAUAAAUCAUUCACUGAAAAUAGUAAAUUAACUGCACACAAAUGUAUUCAUACAGGGAAGAAAGGAAAAGGCUACUUUGCAUGGCUUCUUUUGUAAACUUCUUUUUCUUUUUAAUAUUCCUGUGUGUCGUGUAAUUGACAUUAUGACUGAAAAUAUUUUUUCCUGAAAUGUGAGGUUUUUUUUUUUCUUUCCUUUUAAAAUUUCUCCUUGCUUCCAUUCCAGUUUCAUUUCCCAUGAUUUAGGGACCUCUAUACUGAUAUCCACCUGGCAACCCUACACAUGGAUUUGUUGAACAUCACUUCCCUAAUCUUCUGUAUAUUUAUUAUUAAAUUCUAAAUACUUUACUCACUAAAUAUGUCUGCAAUUAUGUAUGUUAUGUUUUUUUGAAACACAGAAAUGCAAUAAGUUUGUCAAAUAUAUAAACGACCUCCAGUACAAAAUGGAAAACACCAUAAAAACCAUGGGGCAUAACUAUGGUUUAGGGCCCUACAGCAAACUGUUUUCUCGUAACAUUCUGAAGAAUUGUUUUUUUUUUUUUAAUUAAACUUAGUAGAUUUAAGUUUUCAAGGGUCUAGAUUACAAUUAUCUUAACCCUUUGCCUGACAAUGGUAAGAUAUCUCAUUUUUGCAUGAUUGACAUUUUUCUUGUCCAAAAGUUAUUCUCUCAAAUAAUUGCUGGGACAGAAUAUCUCACCUGACUCAACUCUUCUGCAGCACUUUUCAGGGGGUAACCAACUAUGUUUGUCCUAAUCAUAGCUCUGGCAGCGUGUCACGCCAUUCAUACUCUGUCUUCAGUCGCAUGACUGCACUUACUAGUCAUGCAUCAUUAGCACACACAUACAUACGUUUGCUAAUUUUAAGGACACAUUUUGCAUUUUUGCUUUUUAUUUUUAAAAUGAGCAGUAACAGUAAAAUUGACGAUGUGGAUUUUGCUGAUCUUGACUCCUCAGAUUUUAGUGCAAUUGAAUCAGAUCCGGAAGCUAUUCUCUAAGAUUAUGACGAUAAUAAUGAUUGUUAUGAUGAUGCCUCGCUUGCUGCCAGGCAAUGGUAUCACCUUCCUGUUGGAGAUAAUCUUGCAUCUGUCUGUGGUAAAUCCUUCAAUAAGAGUGAUACUUUAACUAAACAUAAACGUAUUCACACAGGCGAAAAGCCAUAUCACUGUGAAAUCUGGCAAAUCAUUCACUGAAAAUAGCAGCUUAACUACAGAGAGAGAGAGAGAGAGAAGGCGAGAGAUAACUGACAUGUGUUUUUAAGGGAGGGUGGAAGAGAGAUAGAGAGAGUGUGUGUGUGUUUAUGUUUGCUUUUUUUUCUUUUUCCCUGCUGUUUGCUGCUUAAACACAGCAAAGAAAUCGCGGUCUCUAUCUCUUUCGCGUCCUUUUCCUCUUGCCUUACGGAAAAUGCCGAAUUGAUGUAAAC